UUACGUCCGUCUUCUCCCAGUCUUGCGCGUUUCGUGUUUCCCACAAUGCAUUGUGGUCUCUCGUUGGAUCAUGGACCAAAGCGACAAUGAUCUUCAAGGAAGUGAUGGCUCUGGGAUUUUGGGAGGCCUUGACGUUCGAAGACGAAUCCCCAUCAAACUUCUAUCCAAGCAGCCUUUAAGAAAUAAGCCCCCACCGCGCGUACAGCGACCCAGCACCAGACCAUGUAAAAACGAAACCGUGGACGAUGAUAAGUUUGGUUUCAAGCAAGAGGACCGGUUUGAUUGCGGCACCAAGGCUGGUGAUGUAUUUGCAAGUCAGAGAAGAUUUCCCCAACCGCUGUUUUGGGACUAUAAGUUAAAUUUAAUCGGUGAAAGAGAUGAAGUUCCAAUUCACUUCUGUGACAAAUGUGGUCUCCCUAUUCAACUAUAUGGAAGGAUGAUUCCCUGCAAACAUGUUUUCUGCUACGACUGUGCUUUGCUCCAUGAGAAAAAAGGAGAGAAAAUGUGCCCAGGUCUCACUCUUUAUAACUGCACGGAUCCAGUUCAGCGCAUUGAACAGUGCCAGCGGGGUUCCCUUUAUAUGUGCAGUAUCGUGCCUGGAUGCAAGCGCACCUACCUGUCGCAGCGUGACCUCCAGGCCCACGUGAACCACCGCCAUAUGAGGGCUGCCAAGUCCUCCGCAAGCCGCCAGGAUCCCGUGCACCUGCCUCCUGCUCCUGACGUCCCUGAGCGCUACCGGGUGCCUCCACCUCACGUCACCAAGAAUCACGUUCACCUCCCCAGUUCACUCCAGCACGGUGGUCACGACCCUUACAGCCAGCCUCCCCCGCCGACUCCCCACGAUGGCCCACCGCCGACCUCAUCUCUGGGCCCUGAGACAUUCCGCAUUGCCACAGUAACAACUCGUAAACACAGCAAUCUCAUCACUGUGCCCAUUCAAGAUGAUUCCUCCACUUCAAGGGAGCCCCUAUCUGCAGGGCCAGUCCCCAAUCAGCCCCCUCAUCACCACCCCGGGGACUAUCCCGGUCAGCCACCUGUAGUGUCGCACUCGCACCACAUGAUGGCACCACCACAACAGCUCUUUGGCCCACCUCCUCCCCCUCCUCCCCCUCCCAUUAGUCACCCAAUGCAGCAUCCUCCCCAGGGUUCCGGGACACCUCACAUGGUGUACAACCAGGCCCCUCCCCCUCCCAUGUCCUCAGCCCCACCACCUAUCACUCCCCCGCCAGGCCACAUCAUGGGUCAGAUGCCCCCCUUUAUCAACCACCCACCCCCUGGACCUCCGCCGCAGCACACCGGCCCCCCUGUUAAUGCACCCCCACCUCAUCACUAUAACCCCAACACCAUGCAGCAGUUCCCCGAAGACCAGGGAACACUUAGUCCACCAUUUAACCAGCCGGGAGGACUCAGCCCCGGUUUGUGGCCGGCUCCAAGAGGGCCACCUCCCCCAAGGAUGCAGGGUCCUCCUCCCCAGGGCCAGAUGCCUGGGCCGCACCACCCAGAUCAGGGCCGCUACCGACCCUAUUAUCAGUAAACUGCCAAUCGGAUGAAUGGUGAAGAGUCAGUGUCAGUCUGUUUCAUACUACUUGUUUGAAUAAUGUGAUAGUAAACCUCAGGGUUACAGGAUGUAGAAUUUUGAUUUUGAUAAGUUGCCCCCUCCCCCCUGUCAAAUGUGUAUGUGGUGCACAUUUCAGUUAACUGUUCUCAGCUUCCCACUGAACAUAAUUUCUGACUUGGAGGAGAGCAGGAAUGUUCCCUUUUUUAAUAGUUUAUGGUAAAUUUCCCUGUAUAUAUAUCAGCUGAUGUCAUGUGUACAUUGACAGACGUUAACAAUUCUCAAUAAAUUUUUAAUGGCAAAUUUCAAUCUCAUCUUUGUUUGAGGUCAGGAUAACUAUGCUUGUCUAUAUUCUUGAGAGUUUUUUCCUGUAAAAUAUGAGAAUAAAACAAUUUCAACUGUAAAACUAUAAGAGCGGCAGUAUCUUUAGUUGGAUUGGAGUUCUGUUCUUUCAUUUGGCUCUGGUUCUGGUUCUGGUUUAUUUGAAAAAGAAAAACUCCAAA